AUGGCUACUAGCAACCAGUCGGCACAAUUCCAGGAGCCUCCUACGGAUGGGCUUCCAGGGGCUACCAGCACCACCUCCCCUUCUGUCGACAGCACCGCACCCUCGCAUGACAACAUCGACUUUCAAUUCCAAGAGCCGAUUGUUCCAGGGACAUCGACGUCCACUUCUACAUCCACUGACGACAAUGAUAACUCGCUCCACAAGACCACGACCGACAAACUGAAGGACGCAGUGAAGAAGCCGUUUGGCAGUUCAGACAACUCCUCCGACCCUCACACGCUAGGCAAGAAGGAGAUCACCAGUCCCGAGAUGGCAGCUGCAAAUGAGGUGCUUGCAGCGAAGGACCUCAAGUCGCCGUAA